UUAUGGGAAUGGUCGGGCAAACAAAAGCUUAAAGAAGCAUCCCACCGACGACAACCACCUUUCACUUUCCCUCCUUUUCCAUCAUUACCCUCCCUCCAUCUUCAUAUCAACUCUUAACCUUCAUCACAUCAUCAUCCACCCCACACACAACAUUAAUAUAUCAUGGGCAACUGUCUCUUUGGAGGCCCAUCUGACCAUGAUCACAUAAUCAAAGUCAUCAACUCCACCGGUGGCAUCAUGGAGUUCUACGCCCCCAUCUCCGCCGAAUCCAUCACUGACGAGUUCCCUGGCCACGCUAUCUUCCCUGGAACCGACCUCUUCUGGAAACCCAUCCCCCAUCACGAAGUUCUAGUCCCAGGUAACUCAUACUACCUCCUUCCACUAGACAAAACAAGAGGGACAAAACUUGGUCAUGUUAGAUCCAACAGCCUGCCAGGAACCGCGGCUUAUAGGAUGUCGUUUGACAGCCGUAGAAUGUUCAAGAGGUCAUAUACGGAUCAUGCGAACAGUUCCAGGAAUAAUGGGAGCGGGUUUUGGAAGGUGAAGUUGGUUAUUAGUCCGGAACAGUUGUUGGAGAUAUUGUCACAAGAAGGGAGGACACAGGAGUUGAUUGAGAAUGUUAGGACUGUUGCUAAGUGUGGGAGUGAAGGUGUUGUGUCGUGUAAUUCGUCUGCUUCUGCGUUGUCGGAUCAGUGGAGUCUUUGCAGCAGUCGUAGCAGAAAUGGUUCGAAGAAAGAUGUUGUGUUAGAGAUGUAAGUAGUCAGUGUAGUAAGUUUGUUUAAUCUUCUUUAAAGGAGUUAUAAUGUUAUAUCAAUUAAUUACCAUAUAAUUAACACCAGUUUUUAAUUUAA